AUGUCAUUGAAAUUUCAAAGAUAUAUUAAGUGCAAAGUGUGGCAAAAAUGGCAGCUGUUCCAUGCUACGGACUUUCAAUCGCUUAUGUAUCCUUGCUUCACCUUUUGCCGCAUAUUCGGAUUAUUUCCGUAUCGCAUCAACGCUUCAACUUUUGAAACUACAAAGCAGCUCUAUUUUUGGACAACUUUCAUUACUUGCAUUUUCUGUAUUUAUGAACUAAUAAUACUGUACUGGAUAAACAUUACUGGGACGAUCAAUUUUGUUAUCAUACCUGUAACUUUUGAACGUAAUUGUUUUUUUAUACUCGGCGGAUUUAUCAGGAUUGUUACGUACAUUUUAAACGGUCCUCGGAUGCGCUUACUUCAAAAUGUAAUGGAAAUCUCUUUAAGACUGUCUCCUGAUUCGUACCGAAAGCUUUCUAAACUGAUUCACGCUAAAGAUAUUUUCGGUUUCUUCUUUCUAGUUGGACGAAUAACAUUUUAUUAUUAUAUAAUAAAUUUUGGUAUCAUAGACAAGAUUCUCGUACUAUAUAUCACCUUUACAGUAUUUCAAAUGGAUAUGUUGUAUAUAAAUUGUGUAUGCGUAUUAAAAGCCUGUUUUAAGGAAGUCAACGAUAAUUUGAAGAAUUUGCGGAAGCUCGUGGUGAACGACAAACCACAUCUUUUGAGAAGAAUUUAUCAUGAGCAGAGAAAUCCAUUCUUACUAACAAAACUUCAAGCUUUGAGAAAACAGCAUUUGAUGAUCAGUGACACAGUGCAAAUGUUGAAUACGACUUUUAGUCUACAACUUCUUGCUACCAUAGUUCUGACUUUUGCUGAGCUUACCUUUUAUCUAUAUUUUUAUAUCAUUUAUUGGGAAAUUAACAUGAAAAACCACAUGUUUUAUGUAAUGAUAUAUAUAAUAUCUUUGAUGUAUUAUUGCAUCAAAAUAUCAUUGAUGGGAUGGGCUUGUGAUACAGGCAAGGAUGAGGCUAUAAAGAUUGGUACCAACGUUCAUGAAAUACUAAACGAUACUAUCGAUGAACAAAUCAAAGAUGAAUUGCAGCUGUUCUCCAUGCAAGUACUGAAUCGGGAAAAUACAUUUUCCGCUAAGGGUCUUAUAUUAGACGCAACGCUUCUCGUUGCGAUAGUGAGUAAUAUUACUACAUAUCUAUUAAUUUUAAUACAAUUUUUAAUUACUGAUAAAGUUUGCAAUAAAAAGGUUACAAACGAUACCACGUAA